UUUUAAUUAAUGAUAAUGGUCUGAUAUAUUCAUACACUAACAAAGUCAACGAGUUUUAUUUUGUUUGUGUUUUUUUCCACAUGUCAUUUAAUCGAAUUCCAAACAUUUGUAGCAUGCUAAUGCAAAGUCCCUAUAUACAGCUUGUACAAAAAAAAAGUUAGAAAAUAAUGGAUUGUCGUGAAAAAGCAUUGUUUGAACUGGAACACACCUGUUGAAUACUCCACUGCAGGUAAAGUCUAAAUCUACGCUUUACCUUUUUUUUUAAACGAGAGCUUUCUGUGGCAUUAGGACAGUGACGUCACAGAGAAUUUUAAAUGAAGAUGGAUGACAGCAGACAAAACGAGACCUGUAUUUUAACUUCCCGAAAACGACAUUCAAUAUGUGGACGUAUUCAUUUGGACAGAAUGUUUUUCUACUCUUUGCUUUUUCCAUUUAUCACGUGACAUCUCAGAACACGGAAAUAUCUCCUUCCGAUCAAACAUUUAAUGGCGGAUCUCGGAGGAGCGCUAGCGGUACGGAACAAAUUUCAUCUCGCAGAGUUCCGAUAUGGGUCAGAUCUAGGCUUGUAACCAACCCAGCCAACCCGACCGUGCAACCCAGAACAACGAACACACGUGUUCGAACACGUGAUUUAGUGUGGAACCCGGCUAACGGUUUCGUGAGCUUUGCUCGACAAACCGGAAAUAACCGUUUACAGUCAAACGCUCUGACGGGGGAUACCUCAGACGGCGGGGCUAUUGACCCGAGUCAGAUUACAAACUUCAGAGUAAAUUCGGGUUUUCAGAAUUUUCCGGAAAAUAAAGGUGAUACAAACAGUUUACGACAAACUGAAUCUCAACGUAAUUUUAAGGGUGAUGGUAACAACAGAUUUAGCUGGAGAACUUCUAAUGAUAACAAUUGGCCGAGCUGGAGAACUGUUCAAACAAAUCAAGAUCAAAAUUCCCGUUUUGAAACAAACGCUGAAAGAAUUAAUCGCAUAGAAGCAGAGAAGAGACGGAUUAGGGAAGAGAAUAUCCGCAAAAAAUACAGAAACAACGCCUUUCUAAACACUCGAGGCCUGGUGUCCGGCAUCCGUCUCCCGACAAGAUGGCAGAAAACAUCACGUGACUCGAGUUUCUCUACCAAUCGAAACCGUGAAUUAACGUCUCCAGGAACUGAUGCAUCCAAUCAAAAUAGAGGACUUGCGUUUUCUAGACGAGCUAUUGAGCGUCCAGUAGUAAAUUUGAAUGAUGAACAGACAACAGACAUUGUUGACCGUCAAGCGGCACGUGAUCAGUUGAGACAAGUAUCUGUGUCAAGGUCAUCGGGAGCUAACAGAUAUCUGAAGUCUCUAUUGUAUAACGUACUCAGAAGAGUCAACAGUAAUUGAUUGUUCCAAAUAUCGAUAUUGAGCUAAUGACGCUUAUCUUUCGUAUUUCUGGUUUCAUUUUCUUUUAUUCAACUAAUUGCACUUCGUUUCUUGUUUCCUUGUAAUCCAUCAGUUUAAUAGUAGUUGAUUUUUUUGUCUGUAAUUAAGAACAUGUUGAUACAUAAAUGCAUAUCAAAUAAAAGAGUUACUAGAAAUGAUAACAAGUUUAUCCGGUGGUACAUUAAAAAAUGAAACAGCAUCUUGCUUGUUUUGCUAUUCCACAAAAAAAUAAAAAUGUGAGAAUGAAUUUAAAAAAACACCAUAAAGUAGU